GGAAAUUUUGAUUUUGUUGUUUUGAUUAUUAUUUUGGAAAAUAAUGAUUUUCUCAUGCAUCCUACUCCAUAGACGCAAGGAUCACACGUUGAUGUCAAAGGCCACAAGGACAGAAGAUCCAAGCAGACGUAGGAGGAGUCACCAUGAUGAUGAUGAGCUGGUUCACUUCAGAAUAGUCAGGUUCAUGAUGGAGUCUGGAAUCAAACUCAGGAUGACAUCUGUUCCCAUGGCAACAGCAGCCAUCAUUUACCACAGGUUCUUCUCUCACUGCAGACUACAGGACUAUGACCCUUAUCUUAUAGGUAUGACAGCCAUUAGUUUGGCUUCCAAGGUGGAAGAAGAACACUUGAAGAUCAGAGAUGUCAUCAACGUUUGUUACAGGACUCGUCACCAGGACAAGCCUCCCCUGGAGUCUCAGACAGAGCUGUCAGACCUGAGACAGGCCAUGGCCAGCUGUGAGCUCCUCAUCAUGAGAACCCUGGGCUUCAACGUCACCAAAGAACUGCCACAUAAGUACCUUCUCCACUACCUCAAGUCCCUUGCAGACUGGAUGGACCGGAGUGUUUGGGAGAGAACACCUAUAAGAGACACUGCCUGGGCCAUGUUGAGAGACCUGUACCACGGGAAGGUGUGUCUGUGGCACAAGGCCCAGCACCUGGCAGUAGCCGUCCUGUACUUCAGCCUGCUGUGCUACGGUAUUGAAGUGCCUCUCAACAACCAGGCCGAGACUAAAUGGUGGAAGGUGUUCUCUGAAGACAUCACCGAAGAACAGAUUAAGAACAUCAUAGAGCAGAUUAUGGAUGUCUAUGACUUAGAACAAAGAUUAUGAGAUGAACUUGUAAAUACAAAAUAGUUAAUGAUAAUAAUAAUAAUAAUAAUGUAAUAAUGUUUUUACAGAUAUUGAAGACUUACUGUCUUUUGUGCCAAUAGUUGAUGUUUACAUAAUUUAUUGUAAAUAUAAUAUAAGCUAAGUAAAUGAACAAAAACACAAAGGACCUGUAGUGCUGUAACAUACAUUUUAUUAUAUCAAUACAUGUACAAAAAUAAACUCUUUGUAACUCUUUGUCCA